AUGCUUGGCAAGCUAUGCGCGUUGCCGACUUGGGCAAUAGAGAACAAGAAGACUGCCCCUCAGCUGAAGACCUCUCUUACCGUUGAAGAUCGCGCCAAGGGUCUUGUCGAAGCCCUCUUCUCCAUCUUCUUCAUCGCCUCCAUCGCCUCCAUCGCCCAGCGCAGCCCUGUUUCCGUGUCUUCCUUCGACCGAUACCUUGACCCCUGGGCUUCACAACAUGGAGCCCGCUGGCUGAGUUAG